AUGGCUGCAGACAAUGUUGGUAUUGAAUUAAAAAAAAAGAGAGUCAUUUCAAAACAAACUUUGAGAGAUAAUCCAAAUCUUCUGGAUUGUUCCAUUGAACAUUAUUAUUGUGUUACAGUAUUUUUACCGUAUGUCGAUUACUAUUUAAUGCAAUUGACUGAGCGAUUUAUUAAUCAUAAAGCUAUAUUUGAAGGUUUUAAUUGCAUUUUCCAAUCAGAAUCACUUAUGGUAGAAAUGGAAGAUAUUGUUGCUUUUCAAAAGCUUGUUGAGUUUUAUUCAUCAACAAUUGACCAACACUCUAGCAUUGCUGAAUUAAAGAUGUGGAGAUUGCGUCAACUUGAAGAUCUUAUGUUAUCGAAGUUGACACAAUCUGCACACACUCAGACCGAGAGUGAAUUGUCCCUAUCCACCGUGCAAGAUUUAUUAUCGACUAGACUGGAAAAGCCGAUGCACGAAUGUAGUGAAAUUAAGACUAGGAUUGUAACCCUAGGUCCCUAG